UUGGGUUUUGCCGGAAAUGAAAUUCAUGACUGAUAGCAUAUAUUUUUAGAAUAUAUUUAUUCAAACUGCAUAAAUAUUGUUCGAAUUUACAUUUCAUCAAAGAGGUUAUUAUGAUCUGUCGGAGAAACAUUUUAUUUAUAGUAUGAAAAUAGUUAUUGUUCAUUUUGCUGUGAUUUAGAUUGAAUAGCUCUUUACAAUGUCUACAAUGAGUAGUUUGUUUACUAAAUUACGUUCAUCUAAAAAGUCUUCCAAGAAAGAUCAGACACCUUCUGAAAUUGGGAUUCCAUUUUCUGUGAAACACAAUAUUCAUGUUGGUUUUAAUCAAGACACUGGAGAAAUUGAAGGUUUACCUGAACCUUGGUUAAGACUUCUUCAACAAGCAAAUAUCAGCAAGUCAGAACAAAGCCAAAAUCCUACUGCUGUUCUUCAAGCUUUGAAAUAUUAUGUUCACUCUAUCAAGAAAAAGCCAUGUGAAGUGAAAUUCAUUGCAACUGCAACAACUGUAGAACAAGAAUCACAAGAAAUUGAAGACACUAUUACUGAGCCUAAUGACAAUGUUAAUGAUAUUGCUGCUUCUGAAAAGGAUUUUAUUUCUGAGAUAGAAGAUGAUAUUAUCAAUGAAAAUAAAGAGUCUGAAGAUGAAGUAGACCAAGUUGUUACAGAACUGGAGAAGUUAAAUAGUUUGGCUGAUGCAGAGCCUGCUCCUCCUGUAUUGAGGAGAAAGCCACUCUCAGAUAAAGAGGUCAUGACAAAAUUAAAAGAAAUAGUAUCUUCUGGUGAUCCUCAAGAAAAAUAUACUCUUUUAAAAAAGAUAGGAUUUGGAGCUUCUGGUAUGGUAUAUACAGCAAUUGAUAAAGACACGGGGGAGAAAGUGGCAAUAAAAACUAUGGACAUAAAGCAACAGCCACAAAAAGAACUGAUCAUUACUGAAAUCAAAGUCAUGCAGCAGAACAGGCAUCCAAAUUUGGUCAACUUUGUUGAAAGCUAUUUAGUGGACAACUCUUUAUGGGUUGUGAUGGAGUUUUUAGAAGGUGGUCCACUAACAGAUGUUGUGAUGGAGAUCUUCUUAAAGGAGAGCCAGAUUGCUGCUGUGUGCCGCGAAACCCUUAAAGCCAUUGCUUUUCUUCAUUCUCGAGGAAUAAUUCAUCGUGAUAUCAAAAGUGAUAAUGUGCUUCUUGGCAUGGAUGGCACUGUCAAAGUGACUGAUUUUGGAUUUUGUGCUCAAAUUUCUCCUGAGGAAAAGCGACAAACAGUUGUUGGUACUCCAUACUGGAUGGCACCCGAAGUAGUCACCCGUAAACAGUAUGGCAACAAAAUAGAUAUUUGGAGCUUAGGCAUUAUGGUAAUAGAAAUGAUUGAAGGUCAGCCACCUUAUAUGAAUGAAACACCCCUUAAAGCUUUGUAUCUUAUUGCCACCACAGGAAAGCCAAAGAUACAAGACAGAGCAAAAUUGUCUCCAGAAUUAUGUGAUUUUCUUGAUAAGUGCCUUGAAGUAGAUGUAGACAAGCGACUAUCAGCUGAAGAACUGUUGGAACAUCCUUUCUUAUUGAAGUCUGAUAGUCUAUCAACAAUGGUUCCACUCAUUAAAUUAGCAAGAAGUAUUGUUAAAAAGCAAUGAUUGAAAAGUGAUAUGGGGAAAAUUAAGGAUAAUUGUAUAUACCAAUUCUGUGCAUUUUAUUUCUACUUUAUGUUUGUAUAAGUCAAUUAUGAAAGGACUAGUCAAAAAAGGAAAGAAAGAAUUUGAUCUUGCAUUCAUUUUCUGUACUUAAAUUGAUUCUUAGUUCUUUGAUUUAGAAAUUUCAAAAUCAUCAAUUUUUACAACUUGAUAAAAUUGCUGCAGUUGCAGAUUUUAUUUUAACAUUGGUUUUAAACUAGCUUUUGGAAACUUAAGCUUUAAAAGAGUCACUUGAAAUUUAUGUUGUUAUUAAUUAUAUUUUAAUUUUGCAUGAAAUAAUGUUAAAUUGAAUUAUGGCAUAUAGAUGCAUUGACAAAGUCCCUUUAAUUAGCACUGUUUCUAAUAUGUUUUUAAUCUUGAAUAUAUGGUUGUGUGCAAGAUAUGCAAUUUGGAUUUCUUCUUGAAGAGGUUUUAAUAUGUUUGUUUUUAAAUGACUUGCAAGAAAAAGCCAACUGCUUUUGUUGUAUUGUUAAAUUUAGAAUUUAUUGUUUUUAAAUCCAUUUCUUUUUUACUUGAUCUCAGAAUUAUCUUAUACUAAUAA